UCUGCAGAACUUCUCAGAUGUCAGAGAGUCAGAGGCUCAUGUUGCCUUCCUCCUCCUCCUCCCCCUCUUCCUCCUCCUCCGGUUCGGAAACGGGAUGUGAUGUAAAAACAGAAACUUUUUUUGUCUUCGGAGUUGAUCGGAUUUUUCUGGAUCCGAACGGAUUGUUCCGAAACAAGCCGAAUCUGAUCAAAUCAGGAGUUUUUCGGAAAGUCGCCGGGAGUUGAAGAGACGGAUCGACUCCUCCACCAUGACCCAGUGAGGGAACCCGAACCGAGCCGGGGAGAAGCUGUGAAGCUGCUGCGUUGGACCCGGAGAGAAACAGCGGAAAACAGAGAUGUAGCGCUCCUGCUGGUGAGACCGUUGGACCAUCAUGCACCUCUUCCUGCUGCUGAUCCUUCAGCUUCCAGCAGCCAGCGGACAGAUCGAUCCAGAACAUUGUCGCUAUGCGUUGGGCAUGGAGGACGGACGGAUCCCCGAUCAGGACCUGACGGCGUCCAGCCGGUGGUACGAGACCACCGGGCCGCAGUACGCCAGGUUGAACUCUGAGGACGGAGACGGUGCCUGGUGUCCUAAAGGACAGCUGGAGCCUUUAGACUCCCAGUUCCUGCAGAUCGACCUGCGCAGACUCACCUUCCUGACGCUGUUCGGGACUCAGGGCCGGUACGCCAGAGGUCUGGGGAAGGAGUUCGCCGCGGCGUACCGCCUGAACUACAGCCGAGACGGACAGCUGUGGAAGUCCUGGAAGAACCGGCUGGGAAAGGAGGUCCUGGAAGGAAACAAAGACACCUACGGCAUUUUCUCCAACGACCUGAAGCCUCCGAUCAUCGCGCGCUAUGUCCGCGUCAUCCCCGUCACCAGGCUGUCCACCACCGUGUGCAUGAGGGUGGAGCUGUACGGCUGUCCCUGGGAGGAUGGACUGCUCUCCUACAGCGCUCCAGAGGGUCAGCUCAUGAUGUCGCCCGGUAACCCGUCAGUAAUCAGUCUCAACGACUCCACGUACGACGGCGUCCACGAGAAAAGGAAGCUGUUCGGAGGCCUGGGUCAGCUGACGGACGGCGUGACGGGCCGCGACGACUUCCUGGCCAUCCGUCAGUACAACGUGUGGCAGGGAUACGACUACCUGGGCUGGAGGAACGACACGCCGGGGACUCAGGGAUACGUGGAGAUGGAGUUUGUGUUCGACAGGCUGAGGAACUUCACCUCCAUGAAGGUUCACAGUAACAACAUGUACAGCCGUGGCGUGAAGAUCUUCUCCUCCGUGUCCUGUUGGUUUAAGCCUUCCCUCAGCUGGGAGCCAGAGCCCGUUUCCUUCUCCACCAUCCUGGACGACAGGAACCCGAGCGCCCGUUACGUCACGGUGCCGCUGAGCCGCCGGGCCGCCAGGUCGCUCCGCUGCCACUUCUACUACGCAGACGUCUGGAUGAUGUUCAGUGAGAUCUCAUUUCAGUCAGAAGACAUCAUACUGCCAACACAACAGCCACUGAUGGGGACAUCUGUUCCAGGAGGACAUAGGGACAUCACCAUGACAACAGCACCAAAGACCGAUAACACAGCAGCUGCUCCGUCCCCCAGCAGCAGCUCAGACAAGACGCCCAUUCUGAUUGGCUGCCUGGUGACCAUCAUCCUCCUGCUGGUCAUCAUCAUCUUCCUCAUCCUCUGGUGCCAAUGUGUCUGCAAGGUGCUGGAGAAGGCGCCUCGUCAGAUCCUGGACGAGGAGGUGACGGUCCGCCUGUCGUCCUGCAGCGACACCAUAAUCCUGCAGACGCCCCCGGUGCCGCCGCGGUCCCGGCAUCCUCCUGCAGGCCCCACCAACACCGACCCCCACUAUGAGAGGGUCUUCCUGCUGGACCCUCAGUACCAGAACCCGGCCGUCCUGAGGAACAAGCUGCCGGAGCUGUCGCAGAGCGCCGAGGCUUCAGCGCUCUUCCUCGGUAACCCUCUCUAUGACCUGCUGCUGCUGACUUCCUGUCGCCAGACGUCAGGAUGGCUUGGUGGUUGCUAUUUUAUGUGGUCAUGCGGCGGCGGCUACGCCGAGCCGGACGUCACCCAGUGCACGCCUCACCAGUCCUUCAACAACAACGCGCCGCACUACGCCGAGACGGACAUCGUCCGGCUGCAGGGCGUAACCGGUAGCAACAUGUACGCCGUCCCCGCCCUGACCGUCGACUCCCUCACCAGGAAGGACAUCUCCGCCGCAGAGUUCCCGCGACACCAGCUCAUCUUCAGGGAGAAGCUGGGAGAGGGACAGUUUGGAGAGGUCCACCUCUGUGAAGCCGAGGGACUCCCAGAAUUCCUUGGGGAAGGCUCGCCUCUUCCCGACAGAGACGGACGCUCGGUUCUGGUGGCGGUGAAGCAGCUGAGGGCCGACGCCACGAGUCAGGCCAGGAACGACUUCCUGAAGGAAAUCAAGAUCAUGUCCCGGCUGGACGACCCGAACAUCAUCCGGCUGCUGUGUGUGUGUGUGUCGUCCGACCCGCUGUGCAUGGUGACCGAGUACAUGGAGAACGGAGACCUAAACAUGUUCCUGUGUCAGCGCGAGAUCGAGAGCACGCUGACGCACGCCAACAACAUCCCGUCCGUCAGCCUGUCGGACCUCCUCCACAUGGCCGUCCAGAUCUCCUCUGGGAUGAAGUACCUGGCGUCUCUGAACUUCGUGCAUCGUGAUCUGGCCACCAGGAACUGCCUGCUGGACCGCCGCCUCACCAUCAAGAUCGCCGACUUCGGGAUGAGCAGGAACCUGUACAGCAGCGACUACUACCGGAUCCAGGGCCGGGCCGUGCUGCCCAUCCGCUGGAUGGCCUGGGAGAGCAUCCUGCUGGGGAAGUUCACCACGGCGAGCGACGUGUGGGCGUUCGGAGUGACGCUGUGGGAAAUCUUCACUCUGUGUAAGGAGCAGCCGUACAGCCUGCUGUCCGACGAACAGGUCAUUGAGAACUCGGGCGAGUUCUUCCGGAACCAGGGCCGACAGAUCUUCCUGUACGCCCCUCCUCUCUGCCCGCCGUCGCUCUUUGAGCUGAUGAUGCGCUGCUGGAGCCGCAACAUCACGGACCGACCCACGUUUGAGGGACUUUACCAAGCCCUGAGGCCCCACGUCAACCAGUGAUCCACCGGGGGCCCGCUGGGCCCUGCUGGGGCCCCGCUCCGGCUCAGGGCCCCCAGGGCUGCUGGGACUCCUGUAUGGUGACAGACAUGAACAUGAUGGACCAGAACUACUCUGCUGGAGAGUCCCGGCGGCUGAGGUCCGAUCUGAGGAGAACCCGUCAGCAUGUGCUGAACCUCAGCGCCUCAUCAGUCCCUUUAGGAACCAGAUGAACUUUCAUCGUUUGUUUUUGUGCCAGAUGUUGCCUGAAACCUGAUUUCCUUCCCGUUUUUGGCUCCCUUGGAGCCCAGAACCCACCAGCGUUCAGCCGCUGGUGUUUCUGUCUGUGUGGUUCUGGUUGUUGUUGUAAAGCACUGUGUCUGUGUCUCAGUUAUUCAUGUUCGUAGAUAAUAACCCACACUGGAGCUAAAGUCAAAGUGUAGCGUAGACUUUUUGUUGUUAAGGUUUUAUUGCUUUUUCAUAUUUUGACAUUUGUUUGGUCGUUUACACAGAAGAGAGUCGAGUCCAAGUUCAGUUUCCCAAGAACUAAAGUAAAUCAUAUUAAACUUCCCUUUUCUAUGUUCAGACAGAAGUAGAGCUCAGAAAACUCCUAGAUUGUGAAAAAUGUUUUGUUCCUCUUUGCAGAAAAUGAAACUCAUGAUGAAGAUUUAUUAUGGAGUCAAACAUUUCAAACCUUUAUUUCUUGUAAUUUUGACUUGGAGAAAAUAAAACCCCAACAUUUUUAACAUAUGCUAAGUUAAAUAUUGGAAACUUAUGUCGAGUUUCAAAUGUAUUUAUAUAGCAUGUUUCCAAUAAUUCAAGCUGCAUAAAAUGCUUUACUAGGAAAAAUAACCAAAACGUUAAAGACAAUUUGCUAAAAGCCUUUCAGUUACUGACGCCCUCCAAAAACGGCCAUUACUAGCUGCUUGUUCUCAGACUGCUGUGUCCAAACACACUCAUGGAAAGUUGGGUGGAAGAAAAAAGUGCAGUAGGAAAAGGUGCAAAAGCAACAGGGAAAACAGCAACAGAUGGUUGAGCACAAACCUCUCGAGUCUGGGAGUUUCACACAGAGUGGACUGAGGCUGAGGACAACGAGUGCCUCACCUGGGCUCAGGAGAACCAGAACCAGGAUCAGGAGAACCAGAACUGGACUGAGGAGAACCAGAACUAGACUCAGGAGAACCAGAACCAGGAUCAGGAGAACCAGAACCGGGCUCAGGAGAACCAGAACCAGGAUCAGGAGAACCAGAACUGGACUGAGGAGAACUAGAACUGGACUCAGGAGAACCAGAACCGGGCUCAGGAGAACCAGGAUCAGGAGAACCAGAACCGGGCUCAGGAGAACCAGAACCAGAAUCAGGAGAACCAGAACUAGACUGAGGAGAACUAGAACUGGACUCAGGAGAACCAGAACUGGACUCAGGAGAACCAGAACCAGGAUCAGGAGAACCAGAACUGGACUCAGGAAAACCAGAACUGGACUCAGGAGAACCAGAACUGGGCUCAGGAGAACCAGAAUUGGACUGAGGAGAACCAGAUCUGGACCAAGGAGAACUAGAACUGGACUCAGGAGAACCAGAACUGGACUCAGGAGAACCAGAACCGGGAUCAGGAGAACCAGAACCAGGAUCAGGAGAACCAGAACUGGACUCAGGAAAACCAGAACUGGACUCAGGAGAACCAGAACUGGGCUCAGGAGAACCAGAAUUGGACUGAGGAGAACCAGAUCUGGACCAAGGAGAACUAGAACUGGACUCAGGAGAACCAGAACUGGACUCAGGAGAACCAGAACCGGGAUCAGGAGAACCAGAACUGGACUCAGGAGAACCAGAACUGAAAGUUUUCAUUUCAUUUGGAAGCCAAGGUCCCAGACUCUGGAGGAGUGGAGGGAACCAGGAUGAAGUUCCCACAGUCUGUGAUAAACUCGGAUCUUCUGCUGGUACCAAUAUCUGCUUCUAUCACCAUGGUAACAACAGCAGACUGGCCUGACCUUUAACCCCAGAGAAUCUAUGGAGUUUGGUUUUGAGGAAGAUGAGUGACACCAGAACCAACGGUGCAGAUUAUCUGAACAUUUUACAGGAACCUGGACCUCCAGAACCUCAGCAGAACCUCCAGGCUGCAUCAACACUGGAGCCCAGACUGAGACCUAGAGUCUGAAUAUUUCUGCUUAAAAUAUUAUUUUAAUGAUCUGAUGUAAUAUUCUGGUUUCCUGAGAUGCUGCAUGUUGGGUUUUUAUUCUAACCAGAACCAUCAAAAGUACAAGAAAUAAAAUCUGGAACAUUUCACUCUGUAUGUAACAAAUAUAGAAGAUAUGAGUUUCACCUUCUGAAAUGAUGAAAAAUAUGGAGCUUUACUUUGGAGAUUUGAUACAAACAGGAAGUCCAAAGGAAGAGUCCAACCUGUGUGUUCUGGGUUCUGCAGGCGGCUGUGAACCUGCAGCUGUAGAUCCGAUCCGUCCUGAUCGGAUCACGGUUUGGCGCUAAAGUUUUAAAACCGGUAGAACUGAGGAUGUUUCCUUUUUGAGCUGUAAAGUUCUUUACUGUCAUUGAACACAUCAGUGAUUAAACCUUUAGAGGACUGUUGCUGUUUGGAGACGGAUCGGUCCUGAUCUGACGGAACCGUUCUUCUUCUGUUUGAAACUGAUGGAAAGUUUCCUGGAGACGUUGAAUCCUGUUAAUGUCUGAUAAAGUUACAACAUUAAGAAGUCUAUAUUAAAGCUCUUAUUUUAUAACUAAA